AUGGCGGGCAGUGAGUCGCUGCCAGCCGAGGCGUCCGGCAAAGUGCGGAUGUCCUUCGUGAUGCCCUCGCAGUACACUAAGGACACACUGCCGCGCCCCAACGACGCUUCUGUUGAGAUUAAGGAGGUCCCGGCGCACACGGUGGCGGCGCUGACGUUCCGGGGGCACGUCAGGGGGCGCAAGGUGGUGGAGGAGCGUAAGCAGCAGCUGCUGCAGAUCAUGGAGGCGGAGGGCCUGGUGCCGCAGGGCAACGUCGUGCUCAAUCAGUACCACCCCCCCUUCACCUACGGCUGGCAGCGCGUCAACGAGGUCUGCUUCGAGGUCAGGGAGUGA